AAAGAUCUGGAUUCGUUGUCUGGUGCCCUUCAUCUUGAGAAUCUUGUUAUUCUUGACUUAUCAGGGAGCUCUCUAACUCAAUUGUGGAAACCUGCAAGAUUUUGCACGAAUCAAGGUGCUUGACAACUUGAAAGUGUUGAACCUCAAUCAUUGUGAGAACCUCACAGUGUGUCCAGAUUUUACGAGCAUGCUACAUCUAGAGACACUGGAUUUUGGAUAUUGUGAGAAAAUUGUUGAACUUCAUCCAACUAUUGGGUGUCUCAAGAGCUUGAGGCACUUGUCCUUGAGAAGAUGCAAAUCACUGAAGGAAUUGCCUCAAGAAAUUUGGCAAUCAACCUCACUCACAGAGCUUGACCUCACUUAUUGCUUUCAAUUCACAACUUUACCUUCACAGUUGGGGGAUUCAAAGUCAUUGAAGCAGCAGCUAUUACUUGGCUCACUGAAAGUCCUAAAGCUCAGUGGAUGUGAAGACUUCACCAUUUGCCCAGAUUUUACAAGCAUGCCACAUUUAGAGGUAUUGCAUCUUGAUUAUUGUUAUAAAUUGAAGAAAUUGGAUCCAUCUAUUGGGCAACUUAAGAGUUUGACUCACCUGUCUUUGAGGGGCUGCACAUCAUUAAAGGAACUACCCAAAGAAGUUUGGCAAUUGACCUCACUCGAAGAACUUAGCCUCUGUUAUUGCUCCAAAAUUACAAAUUUUCCGUCACAGUUGCCAGAUUCAAAGUUAUUAAAUCAUCCCUUGCUUGACAAAUUGGAAAUCCCAGAUCUUAGUGGUUGUGACAACAUCACCAUAUGUCCGGAUUUCAAGACCAUGCCACAUCUGGAGAAGCUGGAUUUCGUAAGUUGUCAAAGGAUGAUUGAACUCUAUCCAUCUAUUGGGCAUCUCAAGAACUUGGUUCAUUUGGAUUUGAGUGGCUGUAUAUCACUCGAGGCACUACCGCUAGAACUUUGGCAAUUGGAGUCACUCGAAAGGCUUGACCUUAGUGUUUGCUCUCAGAUUAAGGCUUUACCAUCACAGUUGAGGAAUGUGAACUCGUCGAAGCAGAUGUUACUUUACAAAUUAAAAGUCCUAAAUCUCAGUGGAUGUGACAACCUCACUGUAUGUCCCAAUUUUAGUAGCACACCACAUCUAGACAAAUUACAGUUUGGUGGCUGUAAGAAGAUGAAGGAACUUCAUCCAUCUAUUGGGUUUCUCAAGAAUUUGACUCACUUGUCUUUGAAAGGAUGCAUAUCAAUGAAGAACUUACCUCAAGAAAUUUGGCAAUUAACCUCACUCGAAGUGCUUGACAUGAGUGAUUGCACUCAAAUUGCAACUUUGCCACCACAAUUGGGGUAUUUGAAGUCAUUAAGGCAGCUCUUCCUUGGUAGAACCAGCAUAACAACAAUGCCUGAAGCCAUGGGACACUUGAAGCAACUGAAGUACCUGUCUCUACAGCAGUGUUCCUCGCUGAGAGGAAUACACAAAUCCCUUUGUUCAUUGCACAAUCUUGAAGAAGUAGAUGCUGCAAACUGUGUGCGUCUUGCAUCAUUACCCAACUCACUUGGCAACCUGAAGAGCUUGAGGAAGCUUGAUUUGAGUUGGACAGCCAUUGAAGAGCUGCCGGAUUCCAUUGCAUCACUAGAGAAGCUUGAGGUCCUAUCUGUUGCUGGUUGCAAACGGCUCAAAUUCUUGCCAGCUUCUGCUUCUAUUGGAUCAAUGUUGUUAAAGUGGUAUGGAGUGUCGUCAACAAAUGAUGGCAGUUUAGUCAAGGAGUCUUCAGAAAGACAACGCUUCUCUCUCCCUGAAUUCCUCUCUUCCCUUACCGAACUCAAUGCAAGUGGCUGUUAUGAAUUGGAAAGGAUAGCAAAUGUCUCAAAUGCAAAGGAACUAGAAGAACUGAAUCUAACCGGAUGCCAAAAGCUUGUUGAUGUUCCUAGCAUUGAGCAGUUGAAACAGUUAAGGAUACUAAAGCUUGGAGGAUGUGGAAGCCUUUACAACUCAUUCAGGGAAAGAGUUCAGGAGGCGAACUUUCAUAAUUUGGUUGACUUCUCUAUCCCUGGAAGCCUUGAAGAGUCGCCGGAUGCACAAUCGCUCUCAUUCUUCCUUCUCAAGUGGUUCGAGACCGGCACCCUGUUCCUGAGAUUGAAUGCAUGUGGCCUUGACGGCAUCGUUGUUGAAAUAGACAUCAGGACGGAUGACGGGCAGUUGCUCUUUCAAACCUCAGUUCAAGCGAGAGUAUGGCGAACCUAUGAUUGGUUGCCUCGUGAUUGUCUCACCAAAGUCGAGCUCGGCGAGUAUGUUAAGCCCAUGAGAAAUGAUGCAGAGAAGAGAAGGAAGAUGAUGAUGCGUGUGUCCAUUGAGGGCCACCUCCUACUGGAUGGUUGCUACAGGAGUGAGCUUUAUGUUGACCAUGAUGAUAUGGGAUAUUAUCCAAACAAUCUUACUGCUGCUAACAUCUGGGUGAAUUUUGGUGCACCAUUUCAUCAAUAUGAUGGUUCUGUUGUUGUUUUGUACCUGAAUUUUGGUUCACCCUGA